CUGAGACAUCCCACCCCCACUCAUCACCGGGUAUCUCCGCCCCCCAUCUAUACUACACCUGUCCAGAGGGGGCAGACGUCAAAAUAGAGUGUGUGAAAGACGAGUCUGUGCACUCCCUUGAUGACAUGAAGCGCAACUGGCUUUUCACACCAUUCAGUGACCAAGAGUGUAAAGCGGGAAUGGGACCACGCCACAUUUCCUACAGUCACCCCCACGUCAACUCCACCACGAAUGCAGGGCUGCAUUUUGGACACACAAAGAAAAUCAUGUGGGUAAUUCUGCAAAAUGUGACUCGCUCGGACCAGGGUCGCUACUGCUGCGCAGUCCGAGACCCUAAGGUGCACAGCUCGCAGGUUCCCCUGAGGUACCACAGUCACAUUGUGCUUCACAUCACACCAGGGAGAAAAGGAAAUCAGAAUUGCAGCCUGUGGGCUCCCACAGCACCUGGAGGCACCGUGCCCGUGGCCCUGGCUUUGGCAGCCUGCAUCUUGGCUCUUCUCUCCCUGCCUCUUAUUCUGGUGCUGGUCUACAAACAGAGGCAGAGCGCCCAGUCCAACAGACGUGCACAGGAGCUGGUGAGGAUGGACAGUGAGGCUCAAGGCCACGAAAACCCUGUGUUUCUGGGGGGAUCACCACAACCGACGACCCGCACCGUUUCCCAGAACAUGACCAGGCAGUCCUCAGAAACGGGUCGCCGCUUGCUGGCCGAGCCGGGGACUCCCCUUUCUCCUCCCACACGCGGAGACGUGUUCUUCCCCUCUGAAGAGCCUAUCGUGGAGUCUCCAGCCCUGCUGCACAAUUAAAGGCCAGGAAAAUCUGAUCGUAAUAGCUGACAAGGAAGACGUUCCACUUCCUCGUCCCUUUUUCCAAACAGCAACACUGUCCCGACGAGGUGUCUUGUAACAACUAUGUACUGUAUAAAGGUUUCUGCCUGGAUUGUCACCUGAUCGUCUGGACAGCAGGAGGGGGGAUUUUUCAGACACUGCAAAAAUAGCUGGACGCCUAAAUCUGAACGUUAUUUUCCAAAGAAAACAGCUCAUCGAGCAUUAGGGCGUCUGGUCUGUGCCUAACAUCCAACUUUCCAGAUUUCAGCUGUUGGUGUGGUUCAUUUACCGUAGGGCUCAGUCAAAUCCCCCAAAAGCCGGCUUUUACUUCACUGACCGUCACCGUCAGAGAGUUAACGGAUAGUUAACGUGUCGCUGUAUGCUCGUGGUGGUCGUAAAAACAGCCAAUGAAGAAAUCACCCAUAGAACAAGCCGUUAUCUGGCAUGCCAUUUACCGUAAACAUUGUACUAAAGGAGCCUUCCUCUAUUAUGAUGCUUUUUCUUUUCUGUCUUUGCUACCUCAGUUACAGUUAGCCCUUUUGUUCUGUAUAUUUCUGUACAUUUAGCUCAUUAGCUUUAAACGUUUCAGCUGAAAAAUGUUUUCAAAACACGUUUGUUAAUCGUUGUUCACGGCCAGCAAAACCUUCUCAAAGUUUUAAUCACCGCCAUUACUGUUUUGGAAAAAAAAUAUUGUCACUGUUGAUUUUUUCAGUGUUCUUGAGUAUUUUUCUGUACAAUGAGAAAAAAAAAAACAAUUAGCAAAUGUAUUGAGAGAAAAAUUAACCAAAGUUAGCAUAGUUUGAGAUGCCGUUUAAAUAACUGUGGUAUUGUGUGCGAUGCCACCUGUGGUUUCUUUUCAUGGUGAAGAGAAAUGUGUGCAGCAGGUGCUUGGAGGAAAUCCUCUCAAGAGCGACAUGUAGCAGGUGUUUGUGACAGGGUAUUGUGUACAUAUUUUGUUUUUUUAAAGAGGCUUUUACUUAAUGUUCUCUAUGUGUUAGUGUUCUGAUGACUGUGUGUGUGUGUGUGUGUUUUCUCAAAUGAGAGUUUUACAGACCAAAUGUUGAGCAUUUUUUAAAUGUUUUAUAUUGUAAAAAAAAAAAAAGGGGGGAAAUAUACUUUGAGAUAAUCUCUAUUCUGUAAAUUGCAUUUAAGACAAUCCUCGUAAAAUAAAGAGAAACUUUCCA